GACCAUUAAUACUCUUUAUAGUCCAUUCUAUUUAAUUGAAUGACAAAAGAAUAGAUCAGUGUAGUAUAGUCCCUGUUCAAUGGUUUCAAAUCGAAUGAAGAAACCCUAGUCCUUACAUGCGUUGUGGAUUUGGUGAUGUAUAAGUACUCGUUUUUGUUCAAGAAAUUGAAAGAGUGAAAUAAACCACUGAUUUGUGGUGAAUAUCAGAUGGAUGCCAAGGACAUCUUGGGUUUAACCGGAUGCAUUUAGCGCGAGGUAUGUGGGCUAACAGGUGGUUUGGCGCUUCUCAUGCCUUUGAUUGAUGUCAAUCAAUUGAAAGGAUCGUUCAGUUAGAGAACGAGAAGGUCAAUCAAUUGAAACGGCGAUUUCAAUAAGGGAAUGAAAAAGGUUACCUGGCAGUGGCUUCCUUUUACAAACUCUACAAGAAAAGAUAACAUACACCUUUACCAUUCAGUCAUAAAUGGUAUUCCCCAGAUGGGUGACUACUUAUUUGCCAGUACAAUAAGGUAUAGCUUCAUUUCUAUCUAUUUUACAUUAGAAACUUUUUCCCCACUUAAUAAUAUUCUUUAUUCUAACAUUUAGUCUUACAUUUAUAUUCCAUUGUUGUUCACUGUGAUUAUUCAUAAAACUGAAUAUGUUUAUUGAUGUCAUGAGGUGUAUGAAAAGUAUCUUACUGAUCCGUUGUGGAUCAACUUUUGAAUUUGCUGUUUCUUUUUUUUUUUUUUUAACCAUAUUAUUGCAGGUAGACUUCCAAGAUUGUCAUGAUUGUGCUAGAAAAUGUGGCAAAACCUGUCUUGUUUAUUAUAUGUGAGAAACAUAAGGGUCCAGAUUCCAGAAGUAAUGCUAACCUAUGUUCUAAUCUUAUAACUACUCACUGUGUCAACAAUUGACAUGUUUCAACCUGGAUAGUAGAAUUUCAGCUUUGAAUCAGCAUUACCUAAUUGAAAUGAGCAGCGAUGAGCUGAAGUUUGAUAUAGAGCAUUUAUGGACAUGCCAACUCUUUACUUUGUCGGUUUGCCAUCUCCCUGUGUGAGGUACAGAGUACCAACAAUAAUCUCAAAAAGCCUUUGCCUUUGCCUUCCUAUUCAUCGGGCUAUUGGAGAAGCAGCUUCACUCCUGGACUUGUUUGCUCAAUCAAGCUUCUUUGUUCCUUAGUGUAGCCUCGGUCUGUAGUUUGAGACUCCGUUCCUUAUAGUUUAGUCUAUAUUCACAGCUGAUGUGACUCCAUACUGAUGCCUUUUGCUUCGUGGAAGGCUAAGAACUUUGUAACCUUAACAUACGUUCUUCCUUGUUGUACCAUAGGUCCUCAUUAAGCGUAAUAGAAGGAUCCAUCAAUAGAAGGAUCACCCUAUGUUGACUAUUUCAUGACUAUUGGGAACGAAUCAAAUCGAAUGUCUAUUCUCAAACUUGUUCCUUCCUCGAGGCUAGGGUACUACAAAAGGAAGUUGAAUAUGGAUCACUAGCUUAAAAUUGAUUCUUGUAAGUCAAACAAAAAAAACACUAGUAUUGGUGCCAUAUCCAAUUCUCAAUAGAAAAAGUUACCCUGUGAUGAUUAUUAUUGGGUAGAGUCAUAUAUUUUUUGGAACGUUCAUAUCUUUGACUUGCUCUUGCCAUUGUAUGCUUGAUAAUUGGCGGCAAUAUAAGGAGGCUGCAGAUUCAACUUAUCAU